AUGGCAGACAAAGUUUUAUAUCUUUGCGGUCCUGAACCGGCAGUUUCAGCUUCUUCUACGGACUCAUGCAGUGAUCUUACGCAGCUUAGAUCUGUUCCGAGUGGUAUUCGUUGGAAGGUGAUGGUUGAAUGUGGGAUGCAUAAUCAUAGACUACAUAAGGAUAUGUUAGGUCAUGACAUCUUGGGCCGUUUAAAAGAUGAUGAAAGAAAGUUUGUGAAUGACAUGACAAAGUACAAUAUGGCACCAAGGUACAUCGUGUCUACUUUAAAAGACAAAGACCCAGAAAAUAUCACGAGUAUUACCCAGAUAUACAGAGCUAGAGCAACAUACAGACUGGGCAAGAGAGGUGCACUAACUGAAAUGAAAAUGUUAUUGAACAUUAUUCACCAAGAGAAAUACAUGUGUUGGUCUAUAAAUAAGGAGAAUUCAGAUAUUGUGGCUGAUAUCUUCUGGACACACCCUGACUCUGUCAAGUUGUUGAAUAUGUUUCCUCUGGUGUUGAUUUUUUAUUGCAAGUACAAGACAAAUAGGUAUCGGCUACCACUACUUGAGAUUGUUGGUGUUACAUCAACAAAAUUGACGUUUUCAGUUUCUUUUGCAUAUUUGGAACAUGAAAGGGAGGAGAAUUUCACAUGGGCACUAGAGGGGCUUAAGGAGUUGUUUUGUUCUGAGAAGUUGCUACUACAUGUCCUGUUGGGUCUUCAGGGUAAGGAGAAAUGGAUGACGAUUCGCGAUAUGAGUUACAAUAUUGCUUCUAAAUACAGUGUUAUAUUUGUUUCUCUUUCCAUGUUAAUGAACAUAACAGUGAAGUUGAGACCCGAUUGUCCACUGCCUCCCGUCACUGAUUAUUGGAGGGAGAAUUGUCCUAAUAAUGCAAAAGCAUGGGAAUCGGCAUAUGCGGGUCGGUUCAGACACUGGAAAGAAUUGUCUAGGAAGACAAACAUUAGGAAGAAUUGUUCUAAUGGUGAAAAAAUUGUAGUUUUGUUGUAUUGA